AUGGCUACCCCCAGUGUUCAUACAUUUGAUACUGAGGGUCGUGGUGUUGACUUUGAGAUCUCGAUCGAUGACCUCCAACUGUUCAUCCAGUGCGAUAGGGCAGACGACCUCUCCCUGUUCAAUCUCACGUCUGGUGCCUCCCCUGCCCCGCCUGCUACUGGUGACAGUACCGUUCGCUCACAGUGGGCCACACGCGAUGCUGCUGCCCAUCUUGCUAUGCUCAAGGACCACUUCCUCUCAGUUUGCCCCACCACUCUCACCGUUGACCUCCUCGAGGAGCGCCUCCUAGCAGCAGAGAAGAUCAUAGUCGCUGUAGGAGCCUCUCGUGGUGACCCUCGCACCCCCGUCUUUGAGGGGUGUUCCCCUUCCCCCCUCUUGCCCUCUGUUGCUUCUGCUGCUACGGCCGACCUCGUUGGUUUCGAGUCGGUCGGCGCUGCGUGUGCCCCUAGCGAGAGACGCCGCACCGGCAAGGGCAAGGGGGGCAAGGGCGCAGGAGGGGCUGGCGGGGGCGGUGGAGGUGGUGGUGGAGGCAGUGGAGGGGGUGGGAGUGGUGGUGGGAGUGGUGGCGGGGGUGGAGGUGCUGGUGGCAGCAGUGGAGGCGGAGGUGGUGGCGGCGGUGGCCGAGGGAGCGAAAGCGGCGGAUGUGGCGAAGGCGGCGGGGGUGGCGGAGGCGGCGGGGGUGGCGGGUGCGGCGGAGAUAGCGGCGACAGCGGUGGAGCUGGUCGCGGCUCUGCGCAGAGGAGUGGGUCCAGUGGUGGUCCGCGCCAGCAGCAGCAACGUAUUCGUGAGACCCUGUCCCCUCAGCAGCUCCGUGAGUGGUACUCUGCGCGUCAGCGCAGUGGGGGUACUGGUCCCUGCACCUACGUCCUCCGUACCGGCGACCACGCUAGUGAGUAG